GAGGAAAGCACUUCAGUAACAUGAAAACACAAGUAGAUCUUUUAAAACAUGCCAGUUUGCUCUCCUGCUUAAUUGGUAAGUUACUUAACUUUCCUGGAUUAACACUAAUAACUUCAUCAGUACAGCAUGACCCUUUAAAUAUGUGUUCCUUUCCAGACCCUGCUUCCUAAUUUUAGAGGUUUCAUAUUGCUGAAAGUAUCUGAACAAUCAUGUGUGGAUAUUUUGUAGUCAUGAAUAUUUGACCCACCUCCAGGAGCGGAGUUGCACGCCCUAGUUUGAGUGCUGCUGAGACCAGCUGUCACGCUGGCUUCUUGCAGUAAGUGCCAGAAUUGUUAUGACAGGAUUUGAACGGCUGUUGAAGGGAACAUUUAAACUUCAGCUCCUGAAGACCUGCCUGAAGUGAGGCAAAAUGGAUCACCGUGAAAUUAUAUUGGAGGCUGACAAAAUCCACCAAAAUCGUCUGUCAAGUGUCACAGACAAUGAAGAAGAACAAGAUGCAGCUUAUACAAUUGUGACAGUCCUGGAUAAAGUGGCCAACAUUGUGGACAGUGUGCAGGCAAGCCAGAAAAGGAUAGAAGAGCGACACAGAGAGAUGGAAAAUGCAAUCAAGACCAUACAGAUUGAUAUUUUAAAGCUUGCCCAGGCUCAUGGCAAUACAGGUUAUACAGUUAACAAGUUGCUUGAGAAAACCCGCAAAGUUAGUUCCACUGUUAAAGAAGUAAGGACACGCGUGGAAAGGCAGAGUGCAAAUGUACGGAAGGUUGAAGCAAAACAAGAGGAGAUGCUGAAAAAAAACAAAUUUCGGGUUGUAAUCUACCAGGAAGAAACCGAGUGUCCUUCAUCUCUCUCUGUUAUCAAAGAGAGGACAAGAGGUGAAAAUCUAGAGGAUGAUUUCUUCCCAGCUGAUGAUCUGUCUUCUGAUGAAGAAUAUUAUAUCGAAGAAAGCAAAGCAACCCAUUUCAAGAAAUCAGGCAUGAGGCGCAUAGACGAUAUCAAAAAGGCAUUUUCAAGGGAAAAUAUCCAAAAGACAAGACAAAAUUUUAGAAAGAAAGUAAAUAGGCUUCGAACUAGAAUAGUGACCCCUGAAAGGAGAGAGAGGAUCAGGCAGUCAGGGGAGAGACUGAAGCAAUCUGGGAUAAGGUUCAAGAAAACCAUUUCACAAGCUGCCCCAAUGAAGGAGACAUUCAAGAUCCAUAAAAAAAAUAAAGAACGAGCAGUAGCUGAAGGUCAGGAGGGAAUUCAGGAAGGCGAUAUGCGCAUAGCUUCUGAAACUGCAGCAGCAGAGCCCUUCACUGAAGAGAUCUCUUAUACAGAAGUGACUACUAAGAUAAAGAAGGACAAGAGCAGUGGAACAAAAGGUGUUUCAGAAUCAGCUGAAAAAGUAGAGGGAAUCCCAGAAAUCAGCUUUAAGCAGGAAGGAAAAGAAGGAGGAGGAGGUGAUAAUGUCCCUCUAUUAGACUUAAAACAAUCAGCAUAAGAAAUCAAUUAACAUAUGUACCAUACUCUCUGUACUGAACAG